UUAUAGAAACUUACUAUCUUUAGUUUCUUACAUUGGUGUUGCUGUUACUUGACCGAUAGUCUUCAACGCUUCUACCUUUCUCAUCUUCCCAACCCAAGACUCAAUACAAGAAUUUUAUAGAAAUUAAAUCCUUAUUUAAUCAAAAUAUCAUCAAAAGCACGCCUUAUAUACGUACACAUUCACAAACACCUUAACUAACCAUGAAACUCCCACUCCUCUUCACGCUAAACUUCCUAGCCCCUACCAUCCUCGCCUCCACCAAUCACGCCGCCACCACAUCCUCACCAUCAGCACCCAUAUUCGUUCUCAGAACAACACAGACCGCAACAUCGGUGUUAGGAAAAGCGCUUAGCAAACUAGGCUAUAUCCACCAAGACUCUCGCCAGGGAAACUCCACCGCGGCAUCUAACACCAAUACGUAUGUCGAGGUCAGCUCAGACGCGCAGCUCCUGGAAAUCACCAAAUCCCACCCGGAGGCUAAGUUCAUAAUACCGCGCGGAAGCCGGUUGGGAGAGGAGGGGCUGGGAAGGACAUGGUGGUGGGGUCGCGAAAGUGGAGGGGGCGCUGAGAUGGUAAUGACGACGACGACGAUGGGGGACGGUAGGGGAACGUGGUUCGCGCAGGCGUUUACAGAGAAGAGGAUAGGCGAUGAUGGGAUCCUGGAGCUCGACGUUUUGGCGUUGGAGAAGGGCGCGCAGGCGGAGAAUUGGGUGCGGUUGUGCGAUUUUUUGGGGCUGGGGUAUAGUGUUGUUGAGAGGUUUGGCUUGUGGCAUUUUCCUCAAUGAGAGAGGGGGGAGAGGGCCUGGAUUUACGGUCUGGAAAUUGGAAGAUUGAGAGAUGGGUGGGUUAGAAGGAGGGGUUUAUAGGCGUAUCGUAUCCUGCGCAGGUGCUCUUGAGCAUGGCGAGGAAAGAUCGCAUCAACCUGAAUUGGCGUAUGAGUAAUUAGCGCCGCCGCGGACGGGUUUACCAUUGAGCAAGAGGAAACGAAAAUAUCGCCGAGUCCGGGUUGGUGAAGUCGGCUACCAUCUCCCUUAUACCCACGAAGAAGGCUUCGGUGCCGUGCACCUAUCAUCACAGAGAUAUACCUACCUAACACUAGAAAUAGAGGUGCUUUACACCAGCCAUAACUAGAGAUACAGAGCAAUCAAUACCAAA